UAGGCAACAUUGUACUGAACUAUAGUCCUACAUCAGUACUUUGCAACUGAGCAAUACUCCUAGGCAUUAGUGAAUAUUCCUCACCACAAGAAGCUAGCUAGUUAUAGCCAUGGCUUUCAAAUCCCAUUCCCUCCUCUUUGUUUCCCUGAUGGUUGUUGCCAUGGCUGCAGCCCCCAUGGCCGAAGCCCAACUCGGACUUAUCAGCGGUUUAUUGGGCUUGAUCAAAAUUGACGGCCUCGUUCGUUGCUCUGUCAAUGCCAGUACUACUACAGCCCCAGCUUUCCCAAAUGCGCUGGUUCAAUUGCAGUGUGGAUCGGGAAAUGUAGUUUCCAGCGCAACAACAAACGGCUCCGGGCUAUUUUCCAUAGUCCUGGACCCUCUACAAUUCGUUCUUUCCACUCUUCUCACGGGCUGUAACUUGGUAGUCAAGACCCCGCUCUCAAACUGCAACGCCUCCCUUCCAGGAGUCGGGGGCCUCAUCUCCAGCCUGCAACUCAUCGGAAACACCCUUCUCGGCCUCCUCAACAUCACCAACAUUGUUCCGAGCGGAUUUAAUUUUCUUCAAAACCUCUAAUCUUGAUACACAAUAUGGAGUACUUGUUGGGAUAGCAUACCAUUAAUACUGCUACUAGAAUAAAGCCCAUCUGGUGAAAUAAUUCAAUAUUUCGGAAGCAAACCUUGUUCCUCUUACAUGAAAAUGGUGGGUCCUGACUCCUGCCAUAAUUUUGGAGGCGAGAGCAUUGCUCUUGAAGUGCUGAAUAAUUUACCCAAUUGGUUAUAGUUAUACUACUCAUGUUUUAGUCUAAACUCUCUGUAUUCUGGCACAUAAAUGAAGGGAUCGAAGAGAUUGUGGCCGAUCAUGCUCAUCAAGAAUUGACCCGAAAUUGGAUCUUCAUCUCUUGGGACAGUUUGUGAUGUUCGCAUCGAUCUAUUCCACGUCUCUCCAUGUACUUCAUUCUGAUGCCUACUUAUUUGCUUACCUGAUUGGCAAUUAAUGAAUCGUAAAUGGCCUUUACAGGAGGCUACAUGUACUGCCAUGUAAUAAAAUGCAAUUAAUUGAA